GCCCCGCUAAGCAGGCUGGCUCUGACAGUGCAACGUCUCGAUCUCAGUCUCGGCUAGGUUAAUAAGCACACACCUAGGCGCGGGGCGGCCAAACAAGAACCGUGGAUCCUUUCGCCGUUGGAAUCCCACAUUCGACAUCCCGGACACCAUGGUCCGCCUGUCGCGACACAAGUCUCGCGCCCACUGCCCACCUCAAUGCAACCCUCUCGAUGCACAACACCAUGCCUCAUCAGACCGCCUACAGUACGCCAACAGACAGCCACACCAGACCCCACCGCAUCCGCCUUUUCUACUGUCUGGGUCCCUGGGUAGCAGCACACCACAUCAGCCUGUGGCCUGUUCGGAGUUGCUUCCCAUCUCUCCGACUGCCCAUCCGGGCCUGUUUUCUGACAAGACACCAUGUUCAUCCCCAGCGCUUCCCCAGACACCUGGUUCCCUUGUCGGGUCGGCAUUGGCGUUGGCGGGAAGGCAUACGCAGAUAGGGAAUGGUGCGACGGUGCAGCCUGACCAAAUGCCGCGUUCUGUGGAAAGCCGCCGUCCGCAAAUAAGUCAAGCGUCCUCAACGGAUACCGUGGGGCGCGUGAAGCCGCAUCUCGCUCACCGCACCGUCGCUCGAGGACAUACCUAGCUGCCAUUGCACGCUACCGUCCGGAGCUGAGAACGUCCAAGCCGUCUAACCUCCUUCCUAAUCGGCACUGGAUACGGCUGCAUACCACCGUCACCUUGGCUGCUACACAAAAUCACCACGGGCACCCAAGCCUCUAGCCACUUCCUUGGUCCCAAAUGCCGGCAAGGGGAAGAAAUGAUCUGCUCACCA